UCUACGAUUUUGACUGACUCACCGAUGGAAGCAUUUUACAAUUCGGACUCAAACGCCCAGACGACAGUACAAGAGAGUUGGACAGCCUAUUCCAAGUAUCGACUUCGUCCUCAAGUGCUUGUGGAUAUGUCACAAGUAGAUACCAGCACCAUUAACUUUAGGCAGACCGUCAACUUUCCGCUUUAUAUCUCGCCAGCAGGGACUCAGGCAAUGGCACACCCAGACGGUGAGCUCGCGACCACCCGUGCCUGUGCCAGAAGACGUGUUCACAUGGGAAUAUCUUCCUUCUCC